UCUAGAGGCAGGUUUCACCUUUCUUCUGGUUCAAUCCAAGAAAAGGAAAGGAUUUCAAAGUAAACACUGAAAUGAGAAAGAAUUCCCUGGGAGUCGAGUUCAUCAAACUAAGUUAAAAUACCUAAAUCAUCCUGACAGGUGCCUGGCCCAGAGAAGGAGCAAAUAUUUCCUCAUCAUGCUACAACGUUUCAGGAUUUUUUUUCUCGGAUUGGUUGUACAAAAUUUCUGCUCCCCAGCUGAAACCACAGGGCAGGCAAAAAGAUGCGAUAAGAAGUCUCUUCUAACAAUUAGGACCCAGUGUCGAUCCUGCUCGCUCAACUUUGAAGUCAAGUGCCCGGACGGUUACACCAAGAUUACCAAUGGCUCUGUAGGGGUUCGAGAUUGCAGGUACACCUUUGAGGUCAGGACAUACUCUGUGUCUCUUCCCGGAUGCCGCCAUAUUUGUAGGAAGGAAUAUCUCCAACCUCAAUGUUGCCCAGGCCACUGGGGUCCAGACUGCAUGGAGUGCCCAGGAGGAGCGGGGUCCCCCUGCAAUGGCAGGGGCAGUUGUGCUGAAGGCAUGGAAGGAAAUGGGACCUGCUCCUGCCAAGACGGGUUUGGUGGAACAGCCUGUGAAACCUGUGCUGACGACAACUUAUUCGGAUCCAGCUGUUCCUCAGUGUGCAACUGUGUGCAUGGGGUGUGCAACAGUGGAGUAGGUGGUGAUGGAACCUGUGAGUGCUACUCUGCAUACACUGGCCCCAGCUGUGACAAACCUGUUCCUGAAUGUGCAGCCUUGCUCUGCCCAGAAAAUUCCAGAUGUUCACCUUCUAGUGAAGAUGAAACCAAACUAGAAUGCAAAUGCCUUCCCAAUUACCAAGGCAAUGGCAAAUACUGCGAACCCAUCAAUCCAUGUUUACAACCAAUCUGCCACCCUCACGCUCAUUGCGCAUACCUGGGACCAAACCGACACAGUUGUACAUGCCAAGAAGGCUACCGCGGGGAUGGCCAAGUGUGCUUGCCAGUAGACCCUUGCCAAACUAACUUUGGAAACUGCCCUACAAAGUCUACAGUGUGCAAGUACGAUGGGCCUGGACAGUCUCACUGCGAGUGUAAGGAUCAUUACCGCAAUUUCGUACCUGGAGUGGGGUGCAGUUUGACCAAUAUCUGUGAAUCAAAUAACCCGUGUCACAGGAACGCAAACUGUACCACCAUUGCACCAGGACAAACUGAAUGCACUUGCCAGAAAGGUUACGUGGGCGAUGGCUCAACAUGUUAUGGUAACAUCAUGGAGCGACUCAGAGGAUUAAACACUGAACCCAGAGGACAAUGGCAAGGGAGGCUGACCUCUUUCAUCUCACUCCUGGACAAAGCUUAUGCCUGGCCACUAAGUAACCUGGGACCAUUCACAGUGCUGCUGCCCACAGACAAGGGAUUGCAAGGAUUCAACGUAAACGAGCUCUUGAUGGAUAACGAAGCUGCUCAAUACUUUGUGAAACUCCACAUAAUCGCGGGGCAGAUGAACACCGAGCUUAUGAAUAACACAGACACCUUCUAUACCUUGACUGGAAAGUCUGGGGAGAUCUUCAACAGUGAUAAGGAUAAUCAACUAAAGCUUAAACUCUAUGGAGGCCACAACAAGGUAAAAAUUAUACAGGGUGACAUAAUUGCUUCCAACGGGCUCCUGCACAUCCUCGACAGAGCCAUGGACAAGAUAGCGCCCACGUUUGAGAGCAACACUGAGCAAACCGUCAUGACAAUGCUACAACCAAGAUACAGCAAGUUCAGAUCUUUGUUAGUGGAAACCAAUGUGGGACAUGCCUUAGAUGAGGAUGGAGUUGGUGGACCAUACACCAUUUUUGUUCCAAGUAAUGAAGCAUUGAAUAACAUGGACAGCACUCUCGAUUACCUCCUUUCUCCAGAGGGAUCUCGGAAGCUCCUGGAACUUGUCAGAUACCACAUUGUCCCGUUUACCCAGCUUGAAGUGGCCACUCUCAUCUCAACCCCUCGCAUUCGGAGCAUGGCCAACCAGCUCAUACAGUUCAACACCACCGACAACGGACAGCUUCUGGCAAAUGGCGUGGCCAUGGAAGAAAUUGAUGUUGCUGCCAAAAAUGGCCGAAUCUACACACUGGCUGGAGUUCUCAUGCCCCCGUCCAUUGUGCCAAUUCUGCCCCAUCGGUGUGAUGAAACAAAGAGAGAAAUGAAACUGGGCACCUGCGUGAGCUGUUCCCUGGUGCACUGGAGCAAAUGUCCUGCUAACUCGGAGCCCACAGCACUCUUCACCCGCAGAUGUGUCUACAGAGGCAGGACAAGGAGCCUAAAGAGUGGCUGUGCCCAGUACUGUAAUGCCACCAUGAAGAUACCAAAGUGCUGCAAAGGCUUCUACGGGCCCGACUGCAGCCCGUGUCCCGGAGGCUUCUCGAAUCCAUGCUCGGGAAAUGGGCAGUGUGCAGACGGCCUCGGAGGCAAUGGGACGUGCAUUUGCAAGGAUGGCUUCCAGGGCUCCCAGUGUCAGUUCUGCUCCGAUCCCAAUAACUAUGGACCUCAGUGUGACAACAAAUGUCCGUGUGUCCACGGAACCUGCGACAACAGGAUAGACAGCGACGGGGCCUGCCUGGCCGGCACAUGCAGAGACGGCUCGGCUGGGAGACUCUGUGACAAGCAGACCUCAGCCUGUGGGCCCGACAUUCAGUUCUGUCACAUCCACGCCACCUGCGAAUACAGCAAUGGGACAGCCAGCUGCAUUUGCAAAGCAGGCUAUGAAGGAGACGGAACUGUCUGUUCCAAGAUGGGCCCUUGCAGAGGAUUAACGCCAGGAGGCUGUAGCCGCAAUGCAGAAUGCAUCAAGACUGACAUGGGCACCCACACCUGCGUGUGUCAGCAGGGGUGGACAGGGAAUGGGAGAGACUGCUUGGAGAUCAACAACUGCCUGCUGCCCGGCACAGGCGGCUGCCACGACAACGCGACCUGUUUGUAUGUAGGCCCCGGGCAGAAUGAGUGUGAGUGCAAGAAAGGAUUUCAAGGAAAUGGGAUUGACUGUGAACCAAUAACUUCAUGUUUGGAACAAACCGGAAAAUGUCAUCCAUUGGCAAGCUGUCAGGUUACUUCUGGCGUCUGGAACUGUGUUUGUCAAGAGGGCUACGAAGGAGACGGCCUUCUGUGCUAUGGAAAUGCAGCAGAGGAAUUGUCAUUUCUCGCUGAAGCAGCUAUAUUUAACCAGUGGAUAAACAAUGCUUCUCUGCAACCCACACUGUCAGUCGCCUCAAACCUCACGGUCCUCGUGCCUUCCCAACAAGCUACUGAGGACAUGGACCACGAUGAGAAAACCUUUUGGUUGUCACAGAGCAAUAUUCCAGCCCUGAUAAAAUACCAUACACUACUAGGCACCUACAGAAUGGCAGAUCUGCAGACCCUGUCAUCUUCUGACAUGCUGGCGACAUCUUUGCAAGGCAACUUCCUUCACCUGGCAAAGGUGGAUGGGAAUGUCACAAUUGAAGGUGCGUCCAUCGUGGACGGUGACAACGCAGCCACAAAUGGAGUGAUACACAUCAUCAACAAGGUGCUGCUCCCCCAAAGAGGUCUAACUGGCUCCUUACCAAACCUGCUCACCCGGCUGGAGCAGAUGCCAGACUACUCCAUCUUCCGGGGCUACAUCAUUCAAUAUAACCUGGCGAAUGCCAUCGAGGCAGCCGAUGCUUACACAGUGUUUGCCCCAAACAAUGAUGCCAUCGAGAAUUACAUCAGGGAGAAGAAGGUCGCAACUCUAGAGGAGGACGUGCUCCGGUACCACGUGGUCCUGAGGGAGAAACUCCUGAAGAACGACCUGCACAAUGGCAUGCACCGGGAGACCAUGCUGGGUUUCUCCUACCGCCUCGGCUUCUUUCUCCGCAGCGAGCAGCUCUAUGUAAAUGAGGCUCCAGUAAACUACACCAACAUAGCCACUGACAAGGGAGUGAUCCAUGGCUUGGAGAAAGUUCUGGAAAUUCAGAAGAAUAGAUGUGAUAAUAAUGACACUACUAUCAUACGAGGAAAAUGUGGGAAGUGUCCCCAGCAGCCGAUCUGCCCAUCUGGAACUAAACCACUAGGUGAUGAGAUGAGGAAAUGUAUCUACACCUUUUAUUUCAUGGGAAAACGAUCCGUGGCCAUUGGGUGCCAGCCAAAAUGUGUGAGAACUGUCAUUACAAGGGAGUGCUGUGCCGGCUUCUUUGGGCCUCAGUGCCAGCCCUGCCCAGGGAAAGCCCAGAACGCCUGCUUCGGGAACGGCAUCUGCUUGGAUGGCAUAAAUGGCACGGGCGCGUGUGAGUGUGGGGCGGGCUUCAGGGGCACCGCCUGUGAGACCUGCGCCGAGGGCAAGUACGGCAUCCACUGCGACCAAGUGUGUCCUUGUGUCCAUGGGAGAUGCAACCAAGGACCCUCGGGUGACGGCUCCUGUGAAUGUGACGUUGGCUGGCGAGGAGUGAAUUGUGACAGUGCAAUCACAAAAGACAACUGCAAUGGGACAUGCCACACCAGCGCCAACUGCCUUCUCGAUCCAGAUGGCACAGCCUCGUGCAAAUGUGCGGCGGGAUUCCAAGGGAACGGGACAGUCUGCACAGCAAUCAACGCCUGCGAGAUCAGCAACGGAGGCUGCUCUGCCAAGGCUGACUGCAAAAGAACCACCCCAGGAAGGCGGACAUGUGUGUGCAGGGCAGGCUACACAGGCGAUGGCAUCGUGUGCUUGGAAAUCAACCCAUGUUUGGAGAACCACGGUGGCUGUGACAGGAACGCAGAGUGCACGCAGACGGGACCCAACCAGGCCGCGUGUAACUGUCUGCCGACGUACACCGGAGAUGGGAAGGUCUGCACGCUCAUCAACGUCUGCUUAACCAAAAACGGCGGCUGUAGUGAACUUGCCAUCUGCAAUCACACUGGCCAAGAAAGGACUUGUACUUGCAAGCCAAACUACAUUGGAGAUGGAUUUACCUGCCGUGGCAGCAUCUACCAGGAGCUUCCCAAGGACCCGAAAACUUCCCAGUAUUUCUUCCAGUUGCAGGAGCAUUUCCUGAAAGACCUGGCCGGCCCAGGCCCCUUCACCGUGUUCGCACCUCUGUCUGCGGCCUUUGAUGAGGAGGCCCAGAUUAAAGACUGGGACAAACAGGGCCUGAUUCCCCAGAUUCUUCGGUACCAUGUGAUCGCCUGUCACCAGCUGCUUCUGGAAAACCUGAAAAUGACCCCAAAUGCUACUUCCGUCCAAGGGGAGCCAAUUGUCAUCUCUGUGUCUCAGGGUACAGUGUAUAUAAAUAAUAAGGCGAGGAUCAUAUCCAGUGAUAUCGUCAGUACUAAUGGAAUCAUCCAUAUCAUAGACAAAUUGCUAUCUCCCAAAAAUUUGCUUAUCACUCCUAAAGACACUUCUGGAAGGAUUUUGCAAAAUCUUACGACAGUGGCAAUAAACCAUGGCUACACCAAAUUUAGCAGCUUAAUACAGGACUCAGGCCUGCUGAGUAUGAUCACGGACCCCAUCCACACCCCGGUCACUCUCUUCUGGCCCACGGACCAAGCCCUCCAAGCCCUCCCCUCUGAACAACAGGAUUUCCUCUUCAACCAGGACAACAAGGACAAGCUGAGGGAGUAUUUGAAAUUCCAUGUGAUCCGAGAUUCCAAGGUUUCAGCUGUGGACCUUCCCAGAUCUGCCUGGAGGACACUGCAAGGUUCCGAGCUGAGUGUGGCAUGUGGAGCUGGCAGUGACAUUGGAGAGCUCUUUCUAAACGGCCAAACAUGCAGAAUUGUGCAGCGAGAGCUCUUGUUUGACCUGGGAGUGGCCUAUGGCAUCGACUGUCUGCUGAUUGAUCCCACCCUGGGCGGCCACUGUGACAUUUUCACUACUUUUGAUGUCCCGGGGGAUUGUGGGAGCUGUAUCAAUACUCCCAGCUGCCCAAGGUGGAGUAAACCAAAGGGUACGAAGCAGAAGUGUCUCUACAACCUGCCCUUCAAGAGGAACCUGGAAGGCUGCCGGCAGCAGUGCAGCCUGGUGAUACAGCUCCCCAAGUGCUGCAAGGGCUACUUCGGGAGAGACUGUCAGGCCUGCCCUGGAGGACCGGAGACCCCGUGCAACAACCGGGGUGUCUGCCUCGAUCACUACUCGGCCACCGGAAAGUGUCAAUGCAACAACGGCUUCAACGGGACGGCGUGCGAGCUCUGCUGGCCGGGGAGAUUCGGGCCUGAUUGUCAGCCCUGUGGCUGCUCGGACCACGGACAGUGUGACGAUGGCAUCACAGGCUCCGGGCAGUGCCUCUGUGAAACGGGGUGGACAGGCCGCUUCUGUGACACCCAGGCAGUUCUGCCCCCCGUGUGCACACCUCCUUGCUCUGCUCAUGCCACCUGUAAGGAGAACAACACGUGUGAGUGUAACCUGAACUAUGAAGGUGACGGAAUCACGUGCACAGUUGUGGAUUUCUGCAAACAGAACAACGGGGGCUGUGCGAAGGCUGCCAGGUGCUCACAGAAGGGCACGAAAGUGUCCUGCAGCUGCCAGAAGGGCUACAGAGGGGACGGCCGCAGCUGCACAGAGAUAGACCCCUGCGCGGAUGGCCUCAAUGGGGGGUGUCACGAGCAUGCCACCUGCAAGAUGACAGGCCCGGGCAAGCACAAAUGUGAGUGUAAAAGUCACUAUGUGGGUGACGGGAUGGACUGUGAGCCGGAGCAGCUGCCCAUCGACCGGUGCUUACAGGACAACGGGCAGUGCCACGCGGAUGCCAACUGCGCUGACCUCCACUUCCAGGAUACCACCGUUGGGGUGUUCCAUCUACGCUCCCCACUGGGCCAGUACAAGCUGACCUUUGACAAAGCCAGAGAGGCCUGUGCCAAUGAAGCUGCGACCAUGGCAACAUACAACCAGCUCUCCUAUGCCCAGAAGGCCAAGUACCACCUCUGUUCAGCAGGCUGGCUGGACGGUGGGCGGGUCGCCUACCCCACUGCCUUCGCCUCCCAGAACUGUGGCUCGGGUGUUGUCGGGAUAGUGGACUAUGGACCCAGACCCAACAAGAGUGAAAUGUGGGAUGUCUUCUGCUAUCGGAUGAAAGAUGUGAACUGCACCUGCAAGGUGGGCUACGUGGGAGACGGCGUCUCGUGCAGCGGGAACCUGCUGCAGGUCCUGAUGUCCUUCCCCUCACUCACGGGCUUCCUGAAGGACGUGCUGGCCUAUUCCAACAGCUCAGCCAGAGGCCGGGCGUUUCUGGAGCACCUGACUGACCUGUCCAUCCGGGGCACCCUCUUUGCGCCACAGAACAGUGGUCUGGGGGGAAAUGAGACCCUGUCUGGGCGGGACAUCGAGCACCACCUCUCCAAUGUCAGCAUGUUUUUCUACAACGACCUUGUCAACGGUACCACCCUGCGAACUAGACUGGGAAGCCAGCUUGUCAUCACCUCCAGCCAGGACCCGCUCCAUCUGAAGGAGACCAGGUUUGUCGAUGGAAGAGCCAUUCUGCAGUGGGACAUCUUUGCCUCCAAUGGAAUCAUUCAUGUCAUUUCCAGGCCUUUAAAAGCACCCCCCACCCCAGUGACUUCGACCCACCCUGGCCUGGUAAUAGGGAUGGUCGUUGUCAUCUUCCUGGUCACCGGAGCCAUUGCUUUUGCUGCUCGUUCUUACUUUCGGCUAAACCAGAGAACAAUUGGCUUCCAGCAUUUUGAGUCGGAAGAGGAUAUUGAUGUUGCAGCUCUUGGCAAGCAGCAGCCUGAGAACAUCUCGAACCCCAUGUACGAGAGCACAACCUCAGCUCCCUCAGAACCUUCCUAUGACCCCUUCGCGGACUGUGAUGAGCAGCAGCUCGAGAGCAGUGACCCCUUGGGGGCACUGUGAGGGCCUGGACGUAGAAGUCAGCCGUCACCCACCACCGUCUGGGCCCGCAGAGCCUCCUCAAACAGGCCGUCCACUGGGAAUGCUCAGCACCAGCUGCCUUUGGGGAAUGUAAGGUCCUCUGAGAUCUUAAAGUGUGAAGCGCUCCAAAGCCGUACCUCAUCUCUUGGGUUAAUCCGGGAGUUCUGUUGCUGUGGGUGAGGGAAGGGCCAUGUUACUAUGUCCACCCGGAGGGACUUCUCCCUCCUCCGACCCUCCCCUGUUCUUCCUUUGUACCUUCAGGUGGCAACUUGCCACACUCUGCCCUGCACCGUGGGUAACUGUGAUCUUGACUUACUUCCCUAUUAGACUGUAAGCUCCCGGGGGCAGGGCCUUGCCUCGUUCAUCUUUGUAUCUCAGCCCCUAGCCCAGUGCCUGGCACGUGAAACGUGCUCAAUAAAUGUUUAUGGAACAGAAAUAAAGUCAGUGGAACAGA